AGACACAAUAGCCGAAUAUCUUUUAAAGCACCGGACAUCAAAACAAAGAAGCUAAAAUCUUACUCAUUACAAUAGUUCAUUUGACCUCCAAAAAGGUAUUCUUCUUCACCACUGAUUGUCCAUAUGUAAGGUAUGCUUGAAACUCGAAGAAGCUGCUCUUCUUAUUGCAUUGUGCAUCAAUUCAAUGCAUUUAUGCUUCAUUCACUAAUGGAUGAGCGCUGCAGUAUUCAUAAUGUUCUUUGGUGCUUUGUUGUACCAAUAAUUGACAUUAUAGAAAGGUUAGUAUCGAUCGAAGUGUCGCACAUCUCAGCGUGGUUAACUUUUUUUUAUUAUAAAAUAACGGAUUGAGUGCGUUUAAGGUAACGGCUUUCGGCGACAAGUUCUUAAAGACUGAAAUUUCAGUAUUCGAUAGUUGAAAGUUCUGAAUGAGUGAAAACAUAUUUCUUUACGAGCAGCUCAUUCAACGGCAUUUUAAUUUUAUUUUUUAUUUCUAGUAACGGACUGGCAUUAUUAUACGGUAAAAUUCUCGUUCAGCACUUGUAUAUAAAUAGUGAACGAAUGUAGUUUGUCUCUCAUAGUCAACUGAAACUCGAACGAGAUAACAUCUCUUUUAUAAUUUUAUUUGGAAAAAAUAUAAAGUUUAGAAUGAAGUGCAGUGGCCUCUUGGCUACAAUUUUCAUUUCAGUGUGGACGGGCACCAGAGCAUCGCUGAUGAAAUGUGCCUGUGAACCCGGAGCGCCAGGACCUAUGGGGCCGCCUGGUCCCAGAGGAGAGCCUGGCUACGGUACGUCAUCAUAUUAUCCUCAUGCACGCGGCCCUCCGGGACCGCCAGGACCACCUGGCAUAUGCGGCUGUCCUUUUUUGCCACAAAACUUCGGUGGAGGUUUCGGUUUUAUUGGAGCAGGUGGUGGGGGAGGUGGAGGAGGUGGCGGUGGUGGUGGUAAUGGUACCGGAGGAGGGGGAGGUGGAGGCGCUGGCGGAGGAGGAGGUGGUGGCGGUGGAGGAGCAUUUGGAGGCGGAGGCGGUAAAUAAUUAUUUUAGCGCUUACUAUUUUUUGAUCAAUAAACUUUAU